CCUUGCACGCACAUCCCAAGGAGGAGAGCGGAGCGUAGCACAGUGUCGUGAAUCGUCGUUUCAAAUUGGGCUCCAGUCUACUCCAAAGCCUGCAGCAAGCAGCCAAACACACGCACUGAGGCGCAGAGAGAUAAGAGAGAGAGAUGGGUUCCAUGGCGCUCCUCCGUUGUUCGGCCUGCUUCCUCUUCCUCCUCAGCUCGUCGCUUGGGGCGGCGAAUGGGAUGUAUCGCAGGGCUGGCGGGGAGGCCGACGAGGAGGGGUUCAGCAGCAGCAGGGGGGUCACCGACGGCGCCCGCGGCGCCAGGAGGGCGUGGCCGGGGUACCUCUACACCAGAGCAGUCGGGCGAUGCACACCCCAGUUCUGGAGCAGUGGAGCUGAGCAAUGGCCCAACAUCGUCCCUCCGGAAGCGGCGGUGUGGAAGGUGUUCGGCUCCAGGUCUGUCGACAAGUACGGCCCCCGCCUUACCCUGCUGGAGGCUACCAUGAGGACCGAUGACGUCGGCAGCCCCUUCACCAAGCUCGUGAAGCACGGAAGCGCGGCACUCAUCAACGCCUACACUAGGACAGGCUUCCCUUUCGGUUCCUGGGAGGUGAAGGCGCUGCUGCUGGAGGCGCUCGUCUCGGAGGACGCCGCGGCCGCCCAGGCCGAGCGGUUCGAGCAGGCGAAUGAGUCCUGCGUCUGAAUUCUGGAAGGUGUUUCUGCCUGGAAGUCUGUAUCAUCAGCAGAAUGUUAAUGGUGGUGGUAGUAUAGUAGUGGUAGUGUGUUCGUGGUAGGUCACUGCUUUUGUGACUUGUGAGACGUCAAGCGAUGUUCCCAGCUGUUCGUUGUAGCAUGUCAUCACGUCGUGGAUUUGUGGAUUUCGAAAAUGUAGAGUAGCUUGCACUCAUGUGUCAGUCGGUGCAGUGUGUGUAGCUUGUAUUUUUUUGAAUGGUGUAGCUUGUAUUUGGGUGUCAUUGUACCUUUCGAAUUGUGAUUUAGUGGAAGGUAUAUUAUGUCGCCAUAUCACAUUUCUAGUUCUAUGCUACUUUUGACAAUUCCUUUAUGAUAUGGACUAUGUUUGCAA